AUGACCCCUAAUCCUCUUGCUUCUGCCCUAGGACACACAGAUUCAGUGACAGCACUGUCACUCUCUGAUAAUCUCUUAGCUUCCGGAGGAGAGGAUGGAAAUACAUAUCUCUGGUCUUUGGAUCAAAGUCAAUUUCCCGUUCUCUGCGCCCCAAGACUAGAUCAUUGUUCUAGUCUCAAAUUUAGUUCAGCAAGAUCAUAUAUUCUGUACAGCGCUUAUGGUCAGCAAAUCGUCUCAUGGGAUAUUCGCCGUAUGACUGAGCCAGUUGUUACUUGGGAGGUUAAUGAUGAUGAAAUCAACUCAAUUGAUUUUUCUGGAGAUGAGCAUCGUCUUUCGUCUGCAGAUGAUUCUGGAGCUGUUCAAAUUAUUGACGUGAAUAAUGGCCAGGUUACACGUACUCUUAAGAAACAUGAUAACAUAUGUUCUUCAGCCAAAUUUCGUCCUGGUCGAACGUGGCAAUUAGUUAGUGGUGGCCUUGAUUGCAGAGUUAUUGUCUCUGACUGGAAAGGUUCUGGUCUCGGUGUGAUCAUUUUUGAAAUGGAUGAAAUCGUUGAAAGUCCUGAUGAGUUCUUACAGUCCUUACCAACUGAUUCAGACUGGCGCCACGGAUCAAGCACAAGUAGUAAUGAUAAUGUGGAUAUCGACUACGAUAAUUCAAAUGAUACAGAUUUUGAAGCUACCUACGCAACCGGACAUUCUCAAAUUAUCGCUGAUAGUAGUUCCUUAAGUCCAUCCUCUGGGAUUGGUUCCGAGUCCAGAAGCGAACACUCUGUUUUAAGUGAUGAUGAGCAUCUCAGAAUUACUAGCGACCAUUCGUAUUCACGAAGGCGUCACACAGAACGACGUGAACUACCACAUGUUUCAGAUCACCAUAUAUCAUCUAAUCAUUUAACGUGGAGAUCUGGAUUGCCAAUUAAUCCUCCAAUGGUUCACUCUGUUGCUUGUUCAGUGUCCGGAGAUUUUGUGGCUGCCGGACUUGAAAGUAGCACUAUUGAAUUAUUCGCGGGUGAUGGCAAGCGUUUGAACCAUUUAGAGUCACUCUAUGGUCACACACGUGGGGUAUCGGCUCUUCAUUUCAUUGAUGAUUCAUUCUUAAUCAGUGGUGGCAAUGAUCAAAAUAUAUUCGUCUGGACACUUGGAUCCGAAGUUACAGGUUACAAUGUAUUCCAUGGUGAAAAAGUUAGCGCUUUUGAGGGAACACGUCUUGAUCGUAUCAUAGUUGCAGAUUUCUCCCCUGUUAUCCAAUAAAUAAAUAAUUCAGUUGUGUCAGCCGUUACGGAGUAGGUGUGGUUUAAACGUGGUCCAGUUCACGAAGUCCUAGGUACUGAAUCUGUCUAUCCAGUGAAAUAUCAAUAUGUGUUACUUUCUGUUUUUUUUCAACAAUUUUAGUUUGUACAUUGUUCAUUAUAUUGUUUCGGCAUUCAAAUAUAGUUUGUUGCUAUUUUUGAUAUAUCUAUCAAUAAAUUUACUGUAAUACCUAUUCUCCAUCCUACUUGCACGUUUGAUUCCUCUUUAAUAUUGGCUUAGUAAGACUUUGUUUACUGGCUUAUUAGUUUUAGGUGAUUUGUAUUUCUUUUAUAUACAGCUUUUUCUUGCAUUUUCUAACACUUCAUCUCAGUGUAACCAUAAAAACCCCGUAAAAUGACGACAUUCAAAAAUUGUAUAAAUCGCUAAAUCAUAGAAUGUAGCUUUUUCCUUUGUUUUAAAUAUUAACAAAAAGUUCAUUU